AUGACAACAACCUUGGACAACAGCAGCAAUUCCGGAUUGAAUAAGCUGCUACCCAAGUCAAUAUCCUCCAAGCGCCUUCGGAGAAAACAAGACCGGGAAGCGUCAGGGCUUUCGCAAGACGAUGUUAGUGUCUUUGGCCACUCGCAAUCCAGCCGCGAAACUCUAGAAAGCGACGGAACCCGCUCUGGGCAUAUCGGGGGCGAUGAAGACGAGGGUACAAGCCAAAGUCACCGGUCCUACGAAUCUGAUGGAAACGACUCUACAUCCAAGUCGUCCACGUUUCCACCAACGGCUUUCGAUUCGAUCGACUUGAAGGAUCCCCGGGUCGGUCGGAGUAAGACGGGCUUGCUUCCCCCUCAAAGUUCCACUCGACGCUCUCCUUCGCCAGGUGGUAGAUUGAAGGACAUUUUUAAACCCAAGAAGAGUUCCGGCAAUAGUUCAAGUCCUGAACGGCGACCAGUGAGCGAGCCCCGGCAAUUGCUCGAAACUCGCGACGAACAACAGCCCACCCUAUCAGUGGACCCUGAAUUUACCCAGAAGUUUCCUGUCCUCGAGCCACCAGCUAUAGCCAAAGUUGCUUCACCCGAAAGGCGAGCAAGAGUCCAACCCAAGGUUGACACGAAUAUUCCUCCGCGAACCCCUCCGAGUGGUGACAAGCCGGCCCCUGUUAUAGUAAACACUCCACCUACACCUACCGAGUUCCCCAACAGAUCCGGCCAGUCGUCUCCUGAACGAAAAUCCUUCUGGGGUAGUCCGACAAGCAGCUCUGCUGCCCAAAGCGCUGCCAACACACUUAGCAACACCAGUCUGAAUAUUGGUGGAAACAAGGGUCGGAGCGUAUCCCAGAAUAUUCAGGAACAGCUCGAACCCGACAACACCAAAGACGACGCCCAGCCUACUCCCACUGCAGCAGAAAUGGCAGACAAGAAGGAAAACAGAAAGUCUGCAGUGUCUACAAUCGGGGCUGGUGAGUUGAGUCUCAGCCAACUUGGGCUUGCUGAAGCACCCAGCCUUGUUGCGUCCCCGGUCAAUGCCAGGUUCCCUGACGCAUCUGACACACGCGCUCGUUCUGAAUCUGCCCCCGUCGAUUCCCCCAUCAGUCCUGUAGACUUUGCUCCCGAUGAGUCGUUUAGCCGCCCGCGUUCACUCUAUGAGCCUGUGAGCCGCGAACGCACUCCUCCUCCGCCCGACUCCACAGGCAAAGAGAACGGCGUCCAACGAUCAUCCAGUAUCCGAAGUGCUCUCCGACAAAACCACAGAAAACGCGGAAGCUCAGUCACCACUGGCACUACCAUAGGGGCUGCGAUCGCUGCUGCCAAUAAUUCAUUGGCGCAUCCCAACUUGAGCGCUCCUAAACUUACAGGAUUUGCUAUUGCGACUGUGCUUUGCAAAGAGAAAUUCUGGCGCACGGACGUCUUUAUGUCUCGGAGGGCCAUCUCUGCUUCAGUAGUAAUAUUUUCGGUUGGACAACAACCCUGGUCAUGA